AUGGAAGAUGAAUUUAAACUCGAAAUAGGGAGAGAGUUUGAAAGUCUAGAUGAAGCCUGGAACUUUUGGAAUGAAUAUGGGAGUAAAAUUGGAUUUGGAGUUAGAAAGUAUAAUGGAACAAAGAGUAAAAAAGAUGGUUCCAUUAUUACAUAUAGAUAUGUAUGUUGUAAGGAGGGUAUUCGGAAAAAAGAUAGAAGAGAGACAACCACUUCUAGAUAUCAGCCUGAGAUAAGAACCAAUUGCAAGACAAGAAUGGUUGUAUCUUGUAUAGAUGAAAAAUUCAAAAUCACCAAGUUUAAUGAAGAACACAAUCACCCUCUUCAUACACAAGAAACAGUGCACUUGUUACCAUCACAGAGAAAUUUAUUAGAAGUUCAAACUCAUGAAGUAGAUCUUGCAGAAGAAUAUGGGCUUGAACCUAAGGAAGCUUUUGACUUAAUGAGUACAUAUGUUGGUGGUCAAGAAAAUCUUGGUUAUACCAUGAUAGAUGCAAGGAACUACUUGAUGAAGAAAAGGCGAAAGCAUAUAAAGUUUGGAGAGGUGGGAUGUCUUCUUGAAUAUUUUCAAAAACGAAUUGCUGAAAAUCCUUCAUUUUAUCACAAAUACCAAUUGGAUAUGGAACAACAAGUUACCAAUGUGUUUUGGGCAGAUGCUCGUAUGUUAAAAGAUUAUGCACAUUUUGGUGAGGUUGUAUCACUAGACACGACAUAUAAUACAAACAGGGAUCAUCGGCCCCUUGCACUUUUUUCUGGUUUUAACCAUCAUAGAAGUGCGGUUAUUUUUGGAGCAGCGUUGUUAUAUGAUGAGACCAUUGAGUCUUUUGAGUGGCUGUUGGAAACUUUCUUAGAUGCUCACACACAAAACAAGCCUCAAACAGUGUUUACUGACCAGGAUCAAGCUAUGGCUAGAGCAUUGAGUGAAAUGAGUCCUUGUAUGUCAAGGGAUUUCUCUGUACGUGAAUUGAACUCCUUCAUUAUAUAUAAUUGCAGAAGUUCUUAUGCAAAAAUGAAGUUUAUUGAGGUUUGUUGUCAAUUUGAUGUGAAAUGGGGUGGAUAUGGGGAACAGAGAGAAGAGGGAGAGGGAUUUAACUUGGCCAUCACAGACAAUAAGAAAGCUCAAUCUAUCCAAGCUUUCAUGAGAUCGGGAGAUCAACAAGUCAGGAGAGAAGAGUCGCAUGGUUCCAUCCUUGAAGAUUUGAAUUGCAGAGUGGCCAUGGGAAGGAAUCAGAAACACGAUGCUGUCAGGCCGAAGGCAAUAACGGAAGUAGAGAUAGAGCUCGCCGGCGUUGAUGGUUGA